AUGUCCAAUAGGUCACUCAAAUUACUGGAGGAUAUCGCGUCCUCCGAUCCACUGUUCUCUCCGCUUGAUCCGGACCCAGAGACUGCUUCGCUCGUCUUGGUAGUGGUAGAAGCGCGCUCCUCGCUGAUGUCGUCAAGGGACAACAAAUUGCGCGUGGUAUCGGCGGCAACGAGGUCGUUGCUGGCAUACAAAACGAUGGCACUUGCCAAUACGACGAAGUUCAAACGCAUUUUUCUCGUUUCAAAUGUCUGGUUGAUGUGCUUGUGCAGGUGGAAUGCAAAUUUUGAAGUGCUCAUGGAGCCGAUACGGAAGUAA